AGGAUUUGUAAACAGUGAGAUUUUUUUGGUAUAGGAUAAUUUCAUGUAUAGUCUCAAAGUUUAAAAUUUCAAAAGUUUCAGCUGAUGAUUGAUUGUUACGUUUAUCUAGGAUAAAUUUUGAAGCAUUUUUUUGAUGUUAAUAUACUCGAUCAAGUAGGCCUUUAGAAGAGCUGCCCCAAAUAGGGACAGUGUACAUUAAACGAGGAAGGAUAUAACUGUUAUAAAACAAUAGUUUUGUUUUAAAGGGAAGAAAACACUUCUGCUUCCUCAGUGUCGACAAUAGCUUAGACACAGUACUGCACACUGAGUCAACAGGACUUCCAUAAUGGGUUAUAGAUAGAACUUCUUUUCUUACUGCAAAUAAUUUUAAAGGAUACAAUAACAUGAAAAAGAAGUCCAAAAUGAAGAUUAUGGUUUUAAGGGAAGUGAAGAAACUUAUAGCAAAACAUGAAAAUUGUUUUUUGUUUCAAAGGAUGUUUUCUCUGUUAGCAGCCCUUGUACAUGUAUUUUGUGUGUACUUGUUCAGAAAUAACACCAUAAAUGAACUUCCUGAGAUGGAACCAGCUUGACUCCCUCCUUCCCCCUCCUUAUAGACUUGUUUUCAUGGAUAUCAUUGUUGACGUCACAACCUAAUUUACAGACAUGCAGUGGGGCGAAGUGGAUACAGAGUGUUGAACUAAGAUUAUGUUGUCCGCAAACCUGGAUGGCGGAAACUUGAGUAUUUCCCCAUUUACCUGUCACAUCUGAUGAUGCAAGCAAAUAAACGAACCAGAGAUGAAUUAGAAUGCUGGACUUCACUGGCAAAUGAUCUGAACUGAGACGACUUUACCAGUUUUGACCAUUUACUCCAUUUACCAAUAUGACAUUACGGCAUAGGAAAUAAAUGUAUUGAUGAAACUGAUGGCAUUGUCUUAGCCAAAACUGCCUCAACCGUUGCAGUGUCCUGUGUUGAGACUAUUUCUGCUGGUGCUGUGGUGAGCACGAACAACACCACUGUGAGUUCUAUGGACUUGGGUGGCCAGCUGGUCAGCGAAGAUGCUCAGGUAAUUGAAGCACUGCAGGCAGAGUUGGAUAAAAUUCAGGGUUCAGCUGGAGGAGGGGGCACUACCAAAGAUGCCCCCAGCCUCUCAGCUGACAAUGUUGGGACAGGCUCAGCAGUUCCCAUGGCUAAUGCAGUGGUGGUGGGGACUACAAACCCAGUCCCAAGAGUGGUUAGUGCAACACCAUCUCCCCAGAAACAUAUAACAGUGCAGAAUGUGGCUGGUGGGAAUGUCAGUAAGACCCCUACCGUAGGAACCAAAAGGCCUCUGGUGAACAGUACUUCAGGAGCACCGAUGGUUACUAAGGUCAUUAUCACUAAAAAUCCAGGCUCAAACCAGCCACAAGUUGUUCCGAUUCAUCUUGGCUCCCUUCAGGCACAGGGUGUUUCUGUGACAUCCCUUGCACCAGGUAUGAAUGUGAUCCCACAUAUGCCAAACCAGGGCUCAAUGACCCCAACAAAGACAAUAACCAUCUCGUCACAAGGCAUUGUGUCAACAGCUGGGAAGCAAAUAUUAACAAAUUUGGGUGGUACCCCUACUAAAAUUGUAAAUAAAAUUCCAAUAUCACCUGCAAAGACUCCUCCCAAAAUAACAAUGAUCCCUGUUUCAUUGGCCAAGUCACCACAAAGAGGUGUAAUAGCUCCAGCGUCAUCCGUGGUUGUAGCACGCCCGCUAAAUGCAGCAACCAGCAAUUCUAUGAGUGGAACGACGGUGGUAGCUUCAACAGGUAACAUGAAGCCAGCCACAAUUACCAUGUCCCCGACAAAGGUCAUCCUGAAACAGUCAAACCAGCAAAUUAACAAAUUACCCAUUGGUAUUAGUGCUGCAACAAGUAUGACCACACCUUUAAGCCAGCUUGGCCUGCCAGCUAGUUCAACAUCUGGAGUGCAACAGAUUUCUGUACCAGGAAGUAAAUUUCAUUACGUGCGAUUGGUGACACCAACAACACAAACAAGUACUUCUUCUACAGUGUUGAAGACAGCUGGUGGUCAGAUGGUCCAGGUAAAGCCCAUAGCUCCAGCCACUGUGUCCAGUAGUACAGCCACAGCAGCCCAGCAGGUCAGACUCACAGUGCCUGUUCAGUCUACACAACCAGUAGCUAUCCGGCCUGCUGUAAGCACACCUGCCCAGGCUGUAACCCAGAUUCGACCAGUCGCCCCUGUCACUACAGCUUCUAACACAGGCUUCUCACAACUUCCCCCAGGCACAACCAUUAUAUCCUCAACUGGGAACAUCCCAGGAGUCCAGGGCUAUGCUCUUGUACCUGCUCAAUAUGUAAAUCAGUUGCGACAGCAGAUUAAUAAACCCCAGCAACAACAGACAAGGCCCCCAUCACCACCUGUGGCUGUAAGAACUGACUAUGUUCCUAUAGCCAGUAGUGACCCCAUGAUCACAGCCUCAACACUGGCCAGGAAUGUCACUAACGGAACCACAAUAGAAGCUACAGGAGCAAGACCAAGAAAACCCUGCAACUGUACAAAAUCUCAGUGUUUAAAAUUAUAUUGUGACUGUUUUGCAAAUGGAGAGUUUUGCCAUAAUUGUAACUGCACCAACUGUGCUAAUAACUUGGAACAUGAAGAGGGCCGAUCAAGGGCAAUUAAAGCUUGUUUGGACAGAAACCCAAUGGCUUUCCACCCAAAGAUAGGAAAAGGACGAGUGGGAGAUGGAGACAGGAGACACAACAAAGGUUGUAACUGUAAAAGGUCUGGUUGUCUAAAGAACUACUGUGAGUGUUAUGAGGCCAAGAUAAUGUGCUCUAGCACAUGUAAGUGUGUUGGUUGUAAGAACUUUGAGGAGAGGCCUGAGCUGAAGAGGCUGAUGGAUCUGGCAGAUGUAGCAGAGGUCUGUGUUCAGCAACAAGCUGCAGCCAAAACCAAACUCUCUUCCCAGAUAUCAGAUGUGCCCUCACGGCCCCCUACGUCAUCAUCUGGAGAAAGACUUCCAUACACCUUUGUGACGACUGAUGUGGCUGAAGCAACUUGUGCUUGUUUACUGGCUCAGCUAGAAGAAGCGGACAGAUUAAAAAUGCCCGAAGUUGUUCAGGAACGUAUGGUCAUUGAGGAGUUUGGCCGAUGUUUGAUGCAAAUUAUAGAUUCUGCUAAUAAAACUAAAGAUACACCUAUUAUACCAGAAGUUUAUAACAGACAAGGGAAGACAAAAGCAGGUUCAAGAAUUCUUAAACGGCAUGGAGGUGGUGAUGGAUAACGAGAGGUUGAGGAUAUCCCCUUUAGGGUGGGUGUACUAUUGGCUGACAGAGAUGUGUCCACUCCACAGCUCUGGGCGGCUGGUUAAUUCCCUUUGAGAAUACUGACUACUCCACUGACCAGUGGGGCUCAGUGACUACUGAUUACUGUACACUCCAGCCUCCUGGCUUUCUGUUCUCAUCGUAUACCCAGCAGAUGUGUGGUUAUCAAUGCAGCGCCUUAUGAAUCUGUGCAUCAGACAAUAUACAUUGGCUAUUUGAAUUCAUUCACCUCACCAUCAUCAUCGUCAUCACGUUGACAUGUCUUUUCCACAACAUCCUGCCAGCCCUUUGAGUUACCACCACUGUUAUGCCACAUCCAACAUUGUUUUCUUUUUUAAACUUUUAAGUGUACAAAUAUGUAUCAGAUA